AGAGAACGCAAACGCGAUUUUCUGUAUCAUCAGUGGUGGGGAGUACACAGGAGCAGCAUCGUUAAGAACGAAGCUUCGAAAAAAAUUGCGAGCUUGGGGAAUCUGAACAGUAACAUAUUUGGCGGCUUUAGUUCAACAAUUUGUCAUCUACAUGAUAUUGUGAGGUGAAAUGGCUUCGACCCUUUACUCAAGAUCUUUAUUGGUUGCUCGUCACUGCCUGUUUAAUCCUUCUCUAUCUCCUAUUCUUCCGCAGAGGACGCGUCAUUUUGCAACCUUUCUAAACAAGAAAGCAUUCAGCUUACAGUUACACUCUGCCUAUUCAACUUAUAAAUCAUCUGCUCACGUUAGUCGAGUUAUGGCUUCUACUGGAGCUGGACCAAAAGCUAAUUAUGCGACAUCAUCCAUAUCUACCGAUGAACCUGUUGUGUCUGUAGAUUGGCUCCAUGCUAAUCUUAGAGGGGCUGAUAUAAAGGUUUUGGAUGCCUCAUGGUACAUGCCACAUGAGCAAAGAAAUCCAAUCCAAGAGUAUCAAGUUGCUCAUAUUCCAGGUGCUCUCUUCUUUGAUUUGGAUGGAAUAUCAGAUCGAAAAACAAAUUUACCACACAUGCUACCAUCUGAGGAAGCUUUCGCUGCUGGCUGUUCUGCUCUUGGAAUCGAGAACAAAGAUGGCGUGGUUGUAUAUGAUGGAAAGGGGCUCUUUAGUGCAGCUCGUGUAUGGUGGAUGUUUAGAGUCUUUGGACAUGACAAAGUAUGGGUACUUGAUGGAGGCUUGCCGAAAUGGCGUGCUUCAGGUUAUGACGUUGAAUCCAGUGCCUCAAGUGAUGCCAUUUUGAAAGCCAGUCUAGCAAGUGAAGCCGUAGAGAAAAUUUAUCGAGGACAAACAAUUACUCCAAUAACUUUUCAGACGAAGUUCCAGUCACAUCUUGUAUGGGGACUUGAUCAGGUGAAGAAAAACAUGGCUGAUAGGACUUAUCAGCACAUAGAUGCACGUGCAAAAGCUAGAUUUGAUGGAACUGCUCCAGAACCUCGCAAGGGAAUACCAAGCGGUCAUAUACCUGGUAGCAAGUGUGUCCCUUUUCCCGAAAUGUUUGAUUCCUCUCAAACACUGUUACCAGCGGAAGAGCUGAAGAAGCGGUUUGAACAAGAAGGCAUUUCACUGGACAGUCCAAUCAUGGCCUCAUGUGGAACCGGUGUAACAGCUUGUAUUUUGACAUUGGGACUUCAUCGUUUGGGAAAAGCUGAUGUCCCGAUCUAUGAUGGGUCUUGGACUGAAUGGGCAACCGAACCAGACUUGCCCAUGGUGGGUUCUUCUACAUGAGAAAGUCCAAGAAGAAGCUACAUGAUCAGUCACAAGCUUAGCUUUGAGAAUUGGUUUUAUGAUAAAACGUUUUUCUAUAUACUAUUGAGUUUGGUUUCAUCUGUGUGGAGAUUUAAUAAAAAUUCCUUUGAAAAACCAGGAAAGUUGUUUCUCUCAGUUAUAUCUUCUCAAUGUUCUUGUUGUCACUCAGUUUAUGAAAUUCUUGAGUUUUGGUA